AUGAACGAUUUGGACGAGAUCUUGGAUUUUGAGGAGACAGUAGACUUUAAUUUAUCCGAUAAUCCCGAUGCCCUUGCUGUUGAAAUAUUAGAUGAGGAUGGUUUAUUUAACCUUAAUGAAGAUAUAGGCUUUGAAAAUAGUAAACAACUAGAUGAAGAAGAGACCAAAGAUAGUACCAAAAAUGGUGAUAAUGACAAAACUCAAAGAUUAGGUGUGGAUUCGUCUGAUACUUUGGACAAAGAAGGCAAUAAAGAGUCCGGGAAGCUUGAAACAGACAAUUCUAUUAUACCUACAUUACCCCCAAAAGAGAACACGCUAAAACCUUCAUCAGAUACUGAUGUUGCUAAAGCUGACGCUCCACAAAAUCCACAACAAACAAACCACCAUUCUCAACAAAACGCUCAAAAUUAUAGGGGACGAGGAGUGAGAAGAAAUAAUGAGUGGAAUCAAGGAAAUGUCGGUGGUGAAUUUUUUAAUGGAGGCAUGUCAACAUUUCGGUCGGGAUAUGUACCGGGUUUAGACGGAAUCAAUGCAUUCAUCGCAAGAGGUGGUAAUCCCAUCUUCGGUCAUCAUAAUAAUUCAAUGUCAGCACGUAAAUCUGCAAAUCAACAACAGAAUACACAGAGAACAACUCAAGCAACGACUCAAGCAACGCCUCCCAAACGUAAGGCUCCAAAUGAUGGAUUCGAGCAAAAAGAACAGGACGUCAAAAAAGCUGUUGCUACGAAUGGUAAAUCUCAAGCUCUUGAAAACAAAUCCACUACAUCUCCCUCACAGAAAAACGUCGAUCGAAUCAAAACACCCUCGACGACUAUUACCACGAAAAAUUCUUCGAAUUCUACACCAGAAAAACCGUCUAAACCUGGUAUUUCACCAUCCACUACAAACAAAGCACCUGUCACAAAGCUUAAAAGACGCACGACCACAUUGCCUUCUGAGUCUACGUCAUCUUCAAAAUAUAUGCAAGAUUCUAAGUCAACCGUGAAAUCCGUACCAAAAAACAACGCCUAA